AGGGUGAAACACGCCCCUUCUUCAGCAACCGCUUGGGACACGGUCGGUCCAGUAAACACAGGGCGACACGUUUUCGCUGUCACUGUUAUUUUUAUUUGGCGUUAACUAUGGAUUCCGACAACGAAAGAGUUGCAAUGAGGAAGAAGAAUGAAGAAGCCAGAAGACGAGAACGUCAAGCAGCUUUGGAGAAUUCCGACUCUGACAUUGGCUUGUGUGGCUGGCUGUUGGUCGCGCUCUCCAUUCUUCUCAUGCUGGUUACUCUGCCCAUCUCCAUAUGGAUGUGUAUUAAGAUUGUGAAGGAGUACGAGCGAGCCAUUAUCUUUCGCUUGGGGCGCAUUUUGCGAGGGGGAGCCAAAGGUCCAGGGCUGUUCUUCAUCUUGCCGUGCACUGACAGCUUUAUUAACGUGGACAUGCGCACCAUCACCUUCGACAUCCCACCGCAAGAGGUUUUGACCAAAGACUCUGUCACAGUGAGUGUUGAUGGUGUGGUGUACUACCGGGUCCAGAAUGCUACUCUGGCUGUGGCUAACAUCACUAAUGCAGAUGCUGCUACACGGCUGUUGGCCCAGACCACCCUGAGGAACGUCCUGGGUACCAAGAACCUCUCAGAGAUCCUGUCUGAUCGUGAAGAAAUCGCACACAGUAUGCAGUCCACUCUGGAUGAUGCUACAGACGACUGGGGGAUCAAGGUGGAGCGGGUGGAGAUCAAAGACGUCAAGCUGCCCAUUCAGCUCCAGAGAGCCAUGGCUGCUGAGGCUGAGGCCACCCGUGAGGCCAGAGCCAAGGUGAUCGCAGCGGAGGGAGAGAUGAACGCGUCGCGGGCGCUGAAGGAGGCCUCCCUGGUGAUUUCCGAGUCUCCGUCAGCCCUGCAGCUGCGUUACCUUCAGACCCUCAACACCAUCGCCGCCGAGAAAAACUCCACCAUCAUUUUCCCGCUGCCGAUGGAGAUGAUGCAGGGCUUCAUGAAAAACUGAGUAGGAGUCUCAAAUCACAUCGUUACACAUG